AUGGCCAAAGAUGCUCAGGCCUCUGGGGAGGAUUUUGGAAAGUCUAUUCUCAGACUUGGUCGAGAAAGUCACUCGGAGGCCUACCAGAGUGUGCUCACCAAGCGCAAAGCAGCCUUGAUGCUGGAUUGGAACUCAGAUUACAAGGUGGACUUGAAGAGCUCUUACUUGAAGAGCUUUUGGACAUUUUUGCACGGCAUAGAGCCCUUGGAGGUGCGAAAACACACCAAGCAUAUCAUGGCGAUGAGAGAUCUCUUUUGUCUUCGAGUGACCUUAAGCAGUUUGACACUUUUGACCACUUUUGCCAAAGAGCAGGAGAUUGCAUGCCCAGAUGGCAAGGAUUGCACCAAGCGACGCUUGGAGUUGGACUCAUGGUUUCGAAUCGGCUUCGACAACAUGCAGUGCUACACCCCUGGAGAUCUCGAUAUCCUGAAAGUGGAAUCGCAAAGUGACUGCCGAGCAGAAGCCGAAAAGGUGGGCUGGGAAUUUUACCAGUACAACGAAGAAAAGAAAGAAUGCUGCCUCACAGACAACUGUGACAAGGAUUUAAUGGUGGAGGCGAGCGGCUGGGAAAGCUGGGGAAAGAAUUGGUGUGUGAGAUGUGACGAGUCUAUUUGGGUCCCGAAACGCAAGCUGAAGAGCUGUUGCGAGGCACGAUGCUGGCAACAUUACUGGUGGACACCCUGGGGUGCUACAGUCGAUUGCGGAGGAGGCAACUUGACCAUCUCAAUAAGUCAGGCAGAAGCAGAAGCCAAAGCUGCCUAG